UUUACUUUGGAACUGCUUGAGAAGUAUCGUGACGGACGAACGAUCUUGCUGACGACACAUUCCAUGGACGAGGCCGACUUUUUAGGAGACCGCAUUGCGAUAAUGGCCGAGGGCAAAAUCCGUUGUUGUGGUAGUUCAUUGUUUUUGAAAAACCAUUAUAGCAUGGGCUAUCAUAUAGUGAUGGUCAAAGAACCAGAAUGUAAAGAACACAAAAUUGAUGAACUUGUUAAAGAGUAUGUCCCGAAUGGCCAAUUGGAAAGUCGUGCUGGCGCUGAACUGUCCUACAUCUUGCCUCGGGAAUCUUCGCGAAAUUUUUCCACGUUGUUCUCAGAACUGGAGACUCGGCGAAUGGAGCUGGGAAUUGCUAGUUAUGGCGCUUCAAUGACAACCAUGGAACAAGUUUUUAUGAAAGUGGCAACGGAAUGUGACGACACGUUAAAUGAUAGACUCCAAGGUAAGCUGUGGUAAAAGUGGUAAGUGUUGAUUUCCUGGU